GGAGUAUAAUUGAAUUCGAUGUUACCACCAGAACAUCUCAUUCCAAAUGUCACAAGAAGAUUAUCCUGUAGAAUUUGUUUUAGAGAGUAUAGAGACCAUAAUGGCUUCAGAAAAGCAACCGAAAGUUAUCUUGUUUGAUAUUGGCGGUGUUUGCGUUAGUAAUCAUUCCUUCUUUAUGUUUCAUGCCGCUGCAUAGGUAUAUGAAGUUAGGAUUAGCGGUCAAUCUCAUGAUACAGCUCGGAGUUACAAGUUUGGAAUUUUUUGAGAAGCUGGAUUUCUAGACGGGGCAUCUGUUUAUAUGUACGACAAAAGAUUCACGAAAAGUUUCGUUGGUGCCUUUUCGUUACUGUAGCAUGCGUUGGGUGGAAGGAUGAUGAGUCUCUAGUGAGGUUCAUCAUCUUCCUUUAGCAACCAUGCAUACAUAUUAUCCUACAUAUAACCAGCUAUCAUAACCCUAAACAACCCUAACACCUCCCAGGUUCUCUCGCCCAUGCAAGCAAUCCUCGAUUUCGAAAUAUCCAACAACAUCCCACCCGGCUGGAUUAACUAUGCCAUCUCCAAAAACAAGCCCGACGGAUUCUGGUAAGCGAUCUACAUAUUAAAAAACUACUCUACUAAUCUCUCACCCAGGCACCGUCUCGAACGUGGCGAACUAGAACUCAACGGUUCUUGGUUCAUUGGUUUUACAUCUGACCUCCGCAACCCCUCUUUCUGGACCUCUUUCUACAAUUCCGUGCGAGAAAAAUAUUCCCUCCCAUCGGAAGUCCCGCCUGUACCACAAAUAGACGGCGAAGCACUAUUUUGGUCGAUGAUGGAUAAUUCAAGGGAGGUUGAUCCCUGGUGCGUCCCAUUUCCUCCCCCGCGUUUCCAAUCUCAGGGUUUCGUGAACCAAGUGCUAAUAUAACCACAAUAGGAUGUACCCCUGUCUCCAAAAACUAAAAGCCUCCAAAAAUUACGUCUUAGCCGGACUCUCCAACACCGUAAUCUUUCCUCCCAAUCAUCCAUACUCCAAGUCACUUUCCUUCAUCUCCGAAAUCUUCGAUGUAUUUAUAUCCUCAGCACACGUGCACCUCCGCAAACCCUCCCCGGAAAUCUACUCUCUAGCACUACAAACUCUCCGCGAUCAUUAUUCCUCAAGGAAUCCCUCUUCUCCUUCUCUCUCCCCAUCAGACAUUCUCUUCCUAGACGAUAUUGGCGAGAAUCUCAAAGCUGCCAAGACAGCCGGUUUCCGUACUUUAAAGGUAGAAUUAGGACGUGCGUAUGAGGCUGUCGAUGAGUUAGAGAGGAUUACCGGGUUAGAUUUGACCGGGGAACAUCCUAAGAUACCGAUUAAGUUGGGGGGUAAUGGGAAGGGGAGGGAUGUUAAAUUGUAAGGAGAUGGAGAGGGGAGAGGAUCAAGAGAACAAGAAUGACUAAGAUAGAUUUGGAGAUUUAAAGACAGAUAGAUAUAUGCAAUGCCACACUAUGAAGUGAAGUAAGCACAAGAGAAUGAAGGUAAACUAGGCAUUCGACCUCCUUGAAAAGAAAAAAGAAAGAAGAAGAAAACGCCUCUCAGGUAUGCAG